GAAAUCUAACUUGAUAUUAACGGAAAAGGAGGACAAAGGGGGGACAUUUUCUCUGGAAGUUUUAGUCAGAUUUGUGAACUCUGGUUACAGUUUUAGUUAAAUUUUUUUUUAUUAAAAGCCUCGUUGCUACUCUGAGUCUAGUUAACGGAAGUAAUUUUUAUUCUAUUUGUGUUUCGUUGGUUUCCGUUAACGCUGAUAAUCCGGUUCAGACUGGAUUGAAUGUGGACAGAAGAGAAGAAAAAAAAGUAAAGCGUGUGAAUCAGUCAGUCUAACUGGUUCCUCUCAGACUGACUGAAGAGGAAGAUGGACGUUUCUGUGGAGGAAGAGGAGAACAGAGCUGAACCUCCAGGACCCAGCUGUAUGUCUGUGAAGAGUGACUGGUCCAAGGAGAAACCUCCAGACCUCAGUGAAUCUGGACCUUCAGACACAAAAGGGAGGAAGAGGAGUGCUGUUGGUGAGGAGGACCAGCUGUACUGCUGUUCUUUGUGUCAGGACGUCCUGAAGGAUCCAGUCUCUACCAGCUGUGGACACUGGUUCUGCAGACAGUGCACCACCUCAUACUGGGACCAGUCUGCUCCAUCAGGACUCUCCUCCUGUCCCCAGUGUGGGAAAAGAUCCAGAACCAGAAGUGGACUGCAGACAGCCAAUCAGAGCAGCUCAGGACCAGAUGUUGGUCUGCAGGAGGUUCUAGAAGAUCAUCGGCUCAGUCUGAGGAGCAGAUGUGAACGUGUGACUGAAGGAAGUGAUGAACCAGGAAGUAGAACCCCCCUGAACAAGAUCUACACUGAGCUCUACAUCACAGAGGGACAGAGUGAAGAGGUUCUUACCCAACAUGAGGUGGAGCAACUGGAGACCGCUUCCAAGACCAAGAGGCUCCAUGGUGCUCCAAUCAGGUGCCAGGACAUCUUUAAAGCCUUACCUGAUGAAGACGAAGACCAACAUAAAGAUAAAGUUAAAGCCAUCAGAGUGGUUCUGACCAACGGCGUCGCUGGAGCUGGAAAAACCUUCUCAGUGCUGAAGUUCACUCUGGACUGGGCUGAGGGCUUGGAGAACCAAGAUGUCCAUGUGGUGCUUCUGCUUUCCUUCAGGGAGCUGAACUUGAUCAGAGAUGAGCAGCACAGUCUUCUCACGCUGCUCCGUGUUUUCUAUCCAACAUUCCAGAAGAUCCCAGCAGAGAAGCUGGCUGUCUGGAAACUUCUCUUCAUCUUUGAUGGUCUGGAUGAAAGCAGACUUUCACUGGACUUCAGCAGCAGUCAGCUGCUUUCUGAGGUCACACAGAGGUCAUCAGUCCAGGUGCUGCUGACAAGCCUCAUCAAGGGGAACCUGCUUCCCUCGGCUCUGGUCUGGAUCACUUCCAGACCUGCAGCAGCCAAUCAGAUCCCUCCUUCAUGUGUCCACAGGGUAACAGAAGUACGAGGCUUCACUGACGCCCAGAAGGAGGACUACUUCAGGAGGAGGUUCAGUGAUGAAGAGCUGUCCAGCAGAAUCAUCUCCCACAUCAAGACCUCCAGGAGCCUCCACAUCAUGUGUGGAAUCCCAGUCUUCUGCUGGAUCACUGCUACAGUUCUGGAGAACAUGUUGUCUACAGAGCAGAGAGGAGAGCUGCCCAAGACCAUGACUGACAUGUACUCACACUUCCUGCUGGUUCAGACCAAGAGGAAGAAGAACAAGUACCAUGAAGGACCUGAGACCAGUCCACAGGAGCUGAUGGAGGCUGACAGGGAGCUUCUUCUGAAGCUGGGGAGGCUGGCGUUUGAACAUCUGGAGGAAGGAAACAUCAUGUUCUACCAAGAAGACCUGGAGCAGUGUGGUCUUGAUGUCUCAGAGGCUUCGGUGUACUCAGGCGUUUGUACAGAGAUCUUCAGAAGAGAGUGUUUGAUGUUCCAGAAACCAGUCUACUGCUUUGUUCAUCUGAGCGUUCAGGAGUUUCUGGCUGCAGUCUACAUGUUCCACUGUUUCACCAGCAGGAACAUGGAGGUGAUGGAGAACUUCCUGGGAAGAGACUCCGAAGUCUCACCUGAGGAGGACUCCGAAGACUCACCUGAGGAGGACUCCGAAGACUCACCUGAGGAGGACUACAGAGACUCACCUUUGGAGGACAUCUUAAAGAGAGUCAUGGAGAAAUCCCUCAGCAGUGAAAACGGCCACCUGGACCUGUUUGUCCGCUUCCUUCAUGGCCUCUCUGUGGAGUCCAACCAGAGACUCUUAGGAGGUCUGCUGGGUCAGACACAGAUCAGUCCAGGAACCAUCCAGAGAACCAUCAACAACCUGAAGGAGAUGAACAGUGAUGAAGUCUCUCCAGACAGAAGCAUCAACAUCUUCCACUGUCUGAUGGAGAUGAAGGACCUCUCAGUUUAUCAGGAGGUCCAAAACUUCCUGAAGUCAGAGAACAGAUCAGAGGAACUCUCAGAGAUCCAGUGUUCAGCUCUGGCCUACAUGCUGCUGAUGUCAGAGGAGGUUCUGGAUGAGUUGGACCUGCAGAAGUACAGAACAUCACCAUGGGGACGACUGAGACUGAUUCCAGCUGUGAGGAACUGCAGAAAGUUCAGAGCUGGUGUUCCUUCUGGACUCCCAGAGACUCACCUUGAAGUUGUGUCCUCAGCUCUGAAGUCCAACCCGUCCCAUCUGACAGAACUGGACCUGAGUAGGAACACCUUGUCUGAUUCUGGAGUGAAGGUUCUGAGUUCUGGACUGGAGAGUCCAAACUGUAGACUGGAGGUUCUGAGGUUGGAGUUCUGCAGCUUGUCAGAGAACAGCUGUUCUUCUCUGGUCUCAGCUCUGAAGUCCAACCCGUCCCAUCUGACAGAACUGGACCUGAGCAAUAACAUCCUGUCUGAUUCUGGAGUGAAGGAGCUCUGUGGUUUCCUGGAGAGUCCAGACUGUAGACUGAAGGUUCUGAGGUUGGGGGGCUGCAGCUUGUCAGAGAUCAGCUGUUCUUCUCUGGUCUCAGCUCUGAAGUCCAACCCGUCCCAUCUGACAGAACUGGACUUUACUGGGAACAGCCUGUCUGAUUCUGGAGUUAAGGAGCUCUGUGGUUUCCUGGAGAGUCCAGACUGCAUAAUGAAGGUUCUGAGAGGUCAGAACCACAGAUGGAGAGCAGAACCUCCAGAACCCAGCUGUCUGUCUAUGAAGAGUGACUGGUCCAUGAUAAAACCUCCAGACUUCAGUGAAUCUGGACCUUCAGACACAAAAGGUCAGAACCACAGAUGGAGAGCAGAACCUCCAGAACCCAGCUGUCUGUCUAUGAAGAGUGACUGGUCCAUGAUAAAACCUCCAGACUUCAGUGAAUCUGGACCUUCAGACACAAAAGGUCAGAACCACAGAUGGAGAGCAAAACCUCCAGAACCCAGCUGUCUGUCUAUGAAGAGUGACUGGUCCAUGAUAAAACCUCCAGACUUCAGUGAAUCUGGACCUUCAGACACAAAAGGGAGGAAGAAGAGUGCUGUUGGUGAGGAGGACCAGCUGUCCUGCUGUUCUUUGUGUCAGGACGUCCUGAAGGAUCCAGUCUCUACCAGCUGUGGACACUGGUUCUGCAGACAGUGCACCACCUCAUACUGGGACCAGUCUGCUCCAUCAGGACUCUCCUCCUGUCCCCAGUGUGGGAAAAGAUCCAGAACCAGAAGUGGACUGCAGACAGCCAAUCAGAGCAGCUCAGGACCAGCAGAUGUUGGUCUGCAGGAGGUUCUAGAAGAACAUCGGCCCAGUCUGAGGAGCAGAUGUGAACGUGUGACUGAAGGAAGUGAUGAACCAGGAAGUAGAACCCUCCUGAACAGGAUCUACACUGAGCUCUACAUCACAGAGGGACAGAGUGAAGAGGUUCUUACCCAACAUGAGGUGGAGCAGCUGGAGACCGCUUCCAAGACCAAGAGGCUCCAUGGUGCUCCAAUCAGGUGCCAGGACAUCUUUAAAGCCUUACCUGAUGAAGACGAAGACCAACAUAAAGAUAAAGUUAAAGCCAUCAGAGUUGUUCUGACCAACGGCGUCGCUGGAGCUGGAAAAACCUUCUCAGUGCUGAAGUUCACUCUGGACUGGGCCGAGGGCUUGGAGAACCAAGAUGUCCAUGUGGUGCUUCUGCUUUCCUUCAGGGAGCUGAACUUGAUCAGAGAUGAGCAGCACAGUCUUCUCACGCUGCUCCGUGUUUUCUAUCCAACAUUCCAGAAGAUCCCAGCAGAGAAGCUAGCUGUCUGGAAACUUCUCUUCAUCUUUGAUGGUCUGGAUGAAAGCAGACUUUCACUGGACUUCAGCAGAAGUCAGCUGGUUUCUGAGGUCACACAGAGGUCAUCAGUCCAGGUGCUGCUGACAAGCCUCAUCAAGGGGAACCUGCUUCCCUCGGCUCUGGUCUGGAUCACCUCCAGACCUGCAGCAGCCAAUCAGAUCCCUCCUUCAUGUGUCCACAGGGUCACAGAAGUACGAGGCUUCACUGACGCCCAGAAGGAGGACUACUUCAGGAGGAGGUUCAGUGAUGAAGAGCUGUCCAGCAGAAUCAUCUCCCACAUCAAGACCUCCAGGAGCCUCCACAUCAUGUGUGGAAUCCCAGUCUUCUGCUGGAUCACUGCUACAGUUCUGGAGAACAUGUUGACUACAGAGCAGAGAGGAGAGCUGCCCAAGACCAUGACUGACAUGUACUCACACUUCCUGCUGGUUCAGACCAAGAGGAAGAAGAACAAGUACCAUGAAGGACCUGAGACCAGUCCACAGGAGCUGAUGGAGGCUGACAGGGAGCUUCUUCUGAAGCUGGGGAGGCUGGCGUUUGAACAUCUGGAGGAAGGAAACAUCAUGUUCUACCAAGAAGACCUGGAGCAGUGUGGUCUUGAUGUCUCAGAGGCCUCGGUGUACUCAGGCGUUUGUACAGAGAUCUUCAAAAGAGAGUGUGUGAUGUUCCAGAAACCAGUCUACUGCUUUGUUCAUCUGAGCGUUCAGGAGUUUCUGGCUGCAGUCUACAUGUUCCACUGCUUCAGCAGCAGGAACAUGGAGGUGAUGAAGAACUUCCUGGGAGGAGACUACAGAAACUCAUCUCUGGAGGACUUCCUGAAGAGAGUCAUGGAGAAAUCCCUCAGCAGUGAAAACGGCCACCUGGACCUGUUUGUCCGCUUCCUUCAUGGCCUCUCUGUGGAGUCCAACCAGAGACUCUUAGGAGGUCUGCUGGGUCAGACACAGAUCAGUCCAGGAACCAUCCAGAGAACCAUCAACAACCUGAAGGAGAUGAACAGUUAUAAAGUCUCUCCAGACAGAAGCAUCAACAUUUUCCACUGUCUGAUGGAGAUGAAGGACCUCUCAGUUUAUCAGGAGGUCCAAAAGUUCCUGAAGUCAGAGAACAGAUCAGAGGAACUCUCAGAGAUCCAGUGUUCAGCUCUGGCCUACAUGCUGCUGAUGUCAGAGGAGGUUCUGGAUGAGUUGGACCUGCAGAAGUACAACGCAUCAUCAUGGGGACAACUGAGACUGAUUCCAGCUGUGAGGAACUGCAGAAAGUUCAGAUCUGGUGAUUGUUCUGGACUCUCAGAGACUCACCUUGAAGUUGUGUCCUCAGCUCUGAAGUCCAACCCGUCCCAUCUGACAGAACUGGACCUGAUUGUGAACUUCCUGUCUGAUUCUGAAAUGAAGAUUCUGAGUUCUGGACUGGAGAGUCCAAACUGUAGACUGGAGGUUCUGAGGUUGAGGAGAUGCUACUUGUCAGAGAUCAGCUGUUCUUCUCUGGUCUCAGCUCUGAAGUCCAACCCGUCCCAUCUGACAGAACUGGACCUGAGCUUUAACAGCCUGUUUGAUUCUGGAGUGAAGGAGCUCUGUGGUUUCCUGGAGAGUCCAGACUGUAGACUGAAGGUUCUGAGGUUGAGGUUCUGCAGCUUGUCAGAGAUCAGCUGUUCUUGUCUGGUCUCAGCUUUGAAGUCCAACCCGUCCCCUCUGACAGAACUGGACCUGCGUGAGAUCAUCCUGUCUGAUUCUGUAGUGAAGGAGUUCUGUGGUUUCCUGGAGAGCCCAGACUGUAGACUGAAGGUUCUGAGGUUGAGGAGAUGCUACUUGUCAGAGAUCAGCUGUUCUUCUCUGGUCUCAGCUCUGAAGUCCAACCCGUCCCAUCUGACAGAACUGGACCUGAGCUUUAACAGCCUGUUUGAUUCUGGAGUGAAGGAGCUCUGUGGUUUCCUGGAGAGUCCAGACUAUAGACUGAAGGUUCUGAGGUUGGGGGGCUGCAGCUUGUCAGAGAUCAGCUGUUCUUCUCUGGCCUCAGCUCUGAAGUCCAACCCGUCCCAUCUGACAGAACUGGACCUGAGCUAUAACAUCCUGUCUGAUUCUGGAGUGAAGGAGCUCUGUGGUUUCCUGGAGAGUCCAGACUGUAGACUGAAGGUUCUGAGAGGUCAGAACCACAGAUGGAGAGCAGAACCUCCAGAACCCAGCUGUCUGUCUAUGAAGAGUGACUGGUCCAAGGAUAGACCUCCAGACCUCAGUGAAUCUGGACCUUCAGACACAAAAGGUCAGAACCACAGAUGGAGAGCAGAACCUCCAGGACCCAGCUGUCUGUCUAUGAAGAGUGACGGGUCCAUGAUAAAACCUCCAAACUUCAGUGGACCUGGACCUUCAGACACAAAAGGGAGGAAGAGGAGUGCUGUUGGUGAGGAGGACCAGCUGUCCUGCAGUUCUUUGUGUCAGGACGUCCUGAAGGAUCCAGUCUCUACCAGCUGUGGACACUGGUUCUGCAGACAGUGCACCACCUCAUACUGGGACCAGUCUGCUCCAUCAGGACUCUCCUCCUGUCCCCAAUGUGGGAACAGAUCCAGAACCAGAAGUGGACUGCAGACAGCCAAUCAGAGCAGCUCAGGACCAGCAGAUGUUGGUCUGCAGGAGGUUCUAGAAGAACAUCGGCUCAGUCUGAGGAGCAGAUGUGAACGUGUGACUGAAGGAAGUGAUGAACCAGGAAGUAGAACCCUCCUGAACAGGAUAUACACUGAGCUCUACAUCACAGAGGGACAGAGUGAAGAGGUUCUUACCCAACAUGAGGUGGAGCAGCUGGAGACCACUUCCAAGACCAAGAGGCUCCAUGAUGCUCCAAUCAGGUGCCAGGACAUCUUUAAAGCCUUACCUGAGCAACAUGGAGCCAUCAGAGUGGUUCUGACCAACGGCGUCGCUGGAGCUGGAAAAACCUUCUCAGUGCUGAAGUUCACUCUGGACUGGGCCGAGGGCUUGGAGAACCAAGAUGUCCAUGUGAUGCUUCUGCUUUCCUUCAGGGAGCUGAACUUGAUCAGAGAUGAGCAGCACAGUCUUCUCACGCUGCUCCGUGUUUUCUAUCCAACAUUCCAGAAGAUCCCAGCAGAGAAGCUGGCUGGCUGGAAACUUCUCUUCAUCUUUGAUGGUCUGGAUGAAAGCAGACUUUCACUGGACUUCAGCAGCAGUCAGCUGGUUUCUGAGGUCACACAGAGGUCAUCAGUCCAGGUGCUGCUGACAAGCCUCAUCAAGGGGAACCUGCUUCCCUCGGCUCUGGUCUGGAUCACUUCCAGACCUGCAGCAGCCAAUCAGAUCCCUCCUUCAUGUAUCCACAGGGUCACAGAAGUACGAGGCUUCACUGACGCCCAGAAGGAGGACUACUUCAGGAGGAGGUUCAGUGAUGAAGAGCUGUCCAGCAGAAUCAUCUCCCACAUCAAGACCUCCAGGAGCCUCCACAUCAUGUGUGGAAUCCCAGUCUUCUGCUGGAUCACUGCUACAGUUCUGGAGAACAUGUUGACUACAGAGCAGAGAGGAGAGCUGCCCAAGACCAUGACUGACAUGUACUCACACUUCCUGCUGGUUCAGACCAAGAGGAAGAAGAACAAGUACCAUGAAGGACCUGAGACCAGUCCACAGGAGCUGAUGGAGGCUGACAGGGAGCUUCUUCUGAAGCUGGGGAGGCUGGCGUUUGAACAUCUGGAGGAAGGAAACAUCAUGUUCUACCAAGAAGACCUGGAGCAGUGUGGUCUUGAUGUCUCAGAGGCCUCGGUGUACUCAGGCGUUUGUACAGAGAUCUUCAAAAGAGAGUGUGUGAUGUUCCAGAAACCAGUCUACUGCUUUGUUCAUCUGAGCGUUCAGGAGUUUCUGGCUGCAGUCUACAUGUUCCACUGCUUCAGCAGCAGGAACAUGGAGGUGAUGAAGAACUUCCUGGGAGGAGACUACAGAAACUCAUCUCUGGAGGACUUCCUGAAGAGAGUCAUGGAGAAAUCCCUCAGCAGUGAAAACGGCCACCUGGACCUGUUUGUCCGCUUCCUUCAUGGCCUCUCUGUGGAGUCCAACCAGAGACUCUUAGGAGGUCUGCUGGGUCAGACACAGAUCAGUCCAGGAACCAUCCAGAGAACCAUCAACAACCUGAAGGAGAUGAACAGUUAUAAAGUCUCUCCAGACAGAAGCAUCAACAUUUUCCACUGUCUGAUGGAGAUGAAGGACCUCUCAGUUUAUCAGGAGGUCCAAAAGUUCCUGAAGUCAGAGAACAGAUCAGAGGAACUCUCAGAGAUCCAGUGUUCAGCUCUGGCCUACAUGCUGCUGAUGUCAGAGGAGGUUCUGGAUGAGUUGGACCUGCAGAAGUACAACGCAUCAUCAUGGGGACAACUGAGACUGAUUCCAGCUGUGAGGAACUGCAGAAAGUUCAGAGCUGGUGAUUAUUCUGGACUCUCAGAGACUCACCUUGAAGUUGUGUCCUCAGCUCUGAAGUCCAACCCGUCCCAUCUGACAGAACUGGACCUGAUUGUGAACUUCCUGUCUGAUUCUGAAAUGAAGAUUCUGAGUUCUGGACUGGAGAGUCCAAACUGUAGACUGGAGGUUCUGAGGUUGAGGAGAUGCUACUUGUCAGAGAUCAGCUGUUCUUCUCUGGUCUCAGCUCUGAAGUCCAACCCGUCCCAUCUGACAGAACUGGACCUGAGCUUUAACAGCCUGUUUGAUUCUGGAGUGAAGGAGCUCUGUGGUUUCCUGGAGAGUCCAGACUGUAGACUGAAGGUUCUGAGGUUGAGGAGCUGCGGCUUGUCAGAGAUCAGCUGUUCUUCUCUGGCCUCAGCUCUGAAGUCCAACCCGUCCCAUCUGACAGAACUGGACCUGAGCGGUAACAACCUGUCUGAUUCUGUAGUGAAGGAGCUCUGUGGUUUCCUGGAGAGUCCAGACUGUAGACUGAAGGUUCUGAGGUUGGAGAAAUGCAGCUCGUCAGAGAUCAGCUGUUCUUCUCUGGUCUCAGCUCUGAAGUCCAACCCGUCCCAUCUGACAGAACUGGACCUGAGCGGGAACAGCCUGAAGGCUCCAGAUGUUAAACAGCUGUUGGAUCUAGUGGAGAGUCCAGACUACAACCUGCAGACUCUGAGGUGGGAGUCAUGUUGGUGACCUUUGACCAGGAGAGAAGAUGAGCGGAGUCCUGAUGAUCCUCAGAGGCUGAAGCAGCAGUUUGUGUAGAAAGCGACUGACGGAAUCAUGAUGAUGAAUUAUUAUUUUUCUCUUUUUUGUAUUUUUGAGCAACAUUUGCUGAUUCUAUGUUUUUAUCUCCAGAGAAAUACUUUAAAUGAUCAAUAAUUAAAAUUAAAACUUAAACAAAAAACUUGUAGAAAAAUCAGAACAUGUAAUCUGAAUAUGUAAAUAAGUCCAACUCAAGACUUUUUUUCAUCCAUUUUCUGUGAACUGAAUAUCUGAUGGGAAUGUUGUCUUCAUCCUUUCUGGAACGCCGGUGCUGAAAAGAGUCAAAGUGGAGUUUUUCACUGACACCAAUAAACAGGAACAGAAAUCAUCA